AUGUCUGAAGGGGGCAGUCAGUACAUCCUCAUCAUAGGAAUGAAGUUCACACCAGAGGUGCUACUCUCAGCGCCUCGCCGCUCAGCUGGAGUCCCCAAUCCUUCGGGCACGAAAGUACUCUACUCCCAAUCGUCCUACGACUUCUCCACGCACAAAAAGGCGGUUGUAGUUCAAUUACUCGAAGUAGCUACUGGAGAGGCGCAGACCGUUGCCGAAGACGACAACCUUUCAGACUUCAAUUGGCUCGAUGACGAGAGCUUCGUUUGUCUGCAGGCUGGAAAGGAUGGCACCACUAAAGUCUGCGUGUUGAGCGUGAAGGCUGAUAGCUUGGUCACUUCUGUCCGUCAGCACGAAGCCGGAACAAUCCAGGCAGCGGCUAGUAACCUCAAGAUCACGCCAAUCGAGGGUUCGCAUGAUGUGGCGAUUGUGGUUAGUGCUCCUACAGGUCCGGAUGGUUGUCUCUGGACUUCUGAGCAGCCUAGCAAGAAGACGCAGUCCACGGGGCGAUUGUACUCGAGCUUGUAUGUGAGACACUGGGAUCAGUGGAAAGGGAAGGACAAGAACUCGUUAUGGUAUGGCAAGCUCAGCCGUGGAUCCGGCGGGAAGUACGCACUUUCCGAACUUCAUAACGCACUGAAAGAUACAGGCUUGGAGUGUCCCAUCCCGCCGUUCGGAGGUGGCGAUCACUUCGAUGUAGGACGACAGGGCAUCAUUUUCGUGGCGAAAGACCCGGAGCUUAACCCUGCUCUGAACACGAAAUGUAAUGUUUACAUUCUGAAGAUCACAUCGUGGACUGGGUCGAAUUCGCUGGAACUGGAGAAGAUCCCGGUAGAUGAUUUCCAUGGCGCGGCUAGCUCGCCUGUUUGGAACCCUGAUGGCAGUGGUGCUGCCUUCCUGAUGAUGCACGGCGCGGGCUAUGAGGCUGAUCAGAACUGGGUGUUCGUGAUGCGAGACAUACAGACUGGAACCACUGGGACUCGUGUGCAAAGACUUGGAGGGGAAGAUCUUGACGCGCAAAGCAAAGACAGCUUCUGGUCACGUAGUCCCAGCGCCAUUGCGUUUUCGGCCGAUAGCAGAUCGAUACUCGCGACCGCGGAGGACACGGGUCAUGGCAAGCUUUUCGAGAUCAGCCUAGAGAACACAGGCGUCAGAAAGUUAACGGAUACCGGCUACGUGGGAGACUUCAAGCGGCUUGCGGAUGGCAAGAUCUUCAUCUCAGGCAGCUCUAUUGUGGAGAGCAGCUGGUACAAGAUCGUAGAUGCUACACAGACAGGCAGUGCAGUGUCUGAGGUCUGGUCUCACUCGCAUCUGGCGAGCCGCAACGGACUUGGCCUAGACUCAAGGCAAGUGUCCACUAUCUGGACACCCGCCAGCAACCCAAAGAUUAACAAGGAAGUACACUCCAUCGUGGUGAAGCCCAGCACAUUCAAGUCUGGCAAGAAGUAUCCCGUCGCAUAUCUAAUUCAUGGAGGACCUCAGGGCAGCUGGGGAGACAGCUGGUCAACACGAUGA